AUGGUGGAGAAGAGCCAUGUAUUGCCACCACCGGCGAUACCACAAAUAUCAAACCGGAAAAGCGACGAAGCCGAUUACUCGUGGCCGCUCAGAAUCUACUCAAAAGUUCGUUCUUUCCCUCAUCAUAAGGCUAGUACAUGCAGCAAAUGUUUUUUGUUCUUCUACACACUAAUUGUCUUACUCUGUCUAGCCGGCAUAGUUUUGGCACUAUACAUAAUUCGGAUCGAUUACCCUAAGCUCGAGCUCGACUCGGUCCAAGUUCGGGUCCACAAAUACAGCCGGGUUGGAAAUUCGGUUUCGGUGAACAUGACUAUGGGGGCAGGAAUGAAGGUUAGCAAUAGAAACUUUGGUGCGUUCAAGUUUCAGAAGGGAAGCAUAAGCGUUGCAUACGAAAACACGACUCUUGGCACGAAGAGUAUUGGUGGCGGGAUUGUUAAAGGGAGAAAGCGUUGUGGGAUGAACGUUUUCGUUCAAGUGAGUUCUCAAAAGGUGAACAUCGUUAGAGAUGAUUUGUUUAACGGUUCUGAUGAUUUGAUGAAGUUGAAGAGCUAUGCUGAAUUGAGAGGUAUAUUUGCUAAUCUGAUGGGUAAACGCUCAGCUUUUGAUGAUUCAGACGAGGAGGAGCACUAUCCUGAGGCGAGGCCGCAAGGAACUCCUCAACAGGAAAUGGGUCAGACGCCCUCCAGUCAAAUGACGCGGAUGCGCGCAGAGAGUUCGAGGAAGAGGAACCACUCGAGCCAAACCUCGGGUCACCAAAAAAGGAAGCGGGGAGAUCCGGAGGUGGUGGAGGUCGACCCAUUGUCCUUCAGCUUGCCCGCGAUCCACGAACUAUCCUCCAUCGACGAACUUUUGAAGGAGGGAUACGAGGAUCAAGGGCGGGGUGCAGGACAAUUCGAGGGCGUACCCGAGGGUCACGCCCUGCUGACGUUCGAUCCUCCACGGGUCGAAUGCACGGACUUACCUGCCACUAGAGUGCCGCGGCUGGAGGAUGGCAUGAGACAGGCUGUGCAGGCAGUGAAUUCCUUUGUGUCCGUGUGCGCGGACUUGGAAGGGCAGCUGGCUUCGGCCCAGGAGGAAGGCCGUCAGCAAGGCCAACAAAGCCCGAGAGGCAGAGACGCGGCUCUAGUCCUUGGAGGAAGAGAGGGGGUGACUGGAGGAGGAGGUCACGAGGAUGAAGGGGCAGCUCGAAGGCAUGGAACUGACCCAUAG